UAGUUUACAACAUGUAUAUAGUGUAGUAUUGUCCCACAUUGGUAGAGGAGUAGUAUGUCCAUGUAUAGUAUAGCUAGAAAUAAGGACCUCUUGUAUUGUAUUGUUCAUUCAAUAUCAAUAACAUAUUUUAUCCCGUGCCUUCUCACAAUGACUAGGAGCAGUUAGGCUUUGCUGAAGGAUCAUACCAUUUCAUUUACAAGAGGCAUGCAUGUGCUAGGGAAUGAGAAAUGUUGAAAUUUUAGUUGGCCAAGCUCCAGAGCGUUUUCAUGUUUCUUGAGAUUAGAUUUUUAAGGACUAUGUUUGUUAUUUUGAACAUUCUAUUUGACAUUAGAAAAGACAAUGUGGCACCCAUUUUACGUGUCAUGGGAUCACAGUAUAUCAUGGAUGCACCUGCCACCUCAUGAAUGUAAGGACAUUAGUGUUAUUGACUUAUGAAACAUGGAAAGAGUUUUUCUUAAUUAUAAAAUAAAAAACAAUUUCUGGAAAAGAAAUGUAGAGAGACAAAUAAGUUAGUCUCUUCCUCCUUCCCACUAAGUUUUGUUUCUCCAUUGCUGAUGCACUUCAAAUUGCUUUAGUACAAAAUUCACUCUUUUUCUUUGUCUUUGUUUGUUUCUUUUAGUCAAAUAACAGCUUUGUGCCCAUGUAGCACUUCCUUUGCAUUGUUUUCCGUUUGGUAAUUCCUUUGCAUUGUUUUUAAAGAAAAAAUUGGGAGUCGGGAGUUGGGGAGGUUGUUUUCCAGGCUUGCCCCAUGAUUGACCCUCUUCUUCCAUUCCUAAACUCAUCUGGAGCAUUGAAGACACGAGUAAUCUUUUAAGUGCAGCAUAACUACUCGGGGAAGGGGAUCUUAGGGAAACUCUUGUUGAUGCUAGUUAGAUUAUAUAUGAAUGGGUACUGAAUUCCUCUUUGCUCUCAAGAUACCUGCGAUAUGAGUGAUUCUUUCUAGUUAAUGAUUUACUUUGUCCCAAAAAACAUUAAGUGACUCACAAUGUGUGUUCUCUUUGUUCCACAUCUUGUUCUAUGUCCUUUUUUAUCAUGUCUCAUUGAGCUGAUAAAAGUCUUUGAUGUUCCCUAAUCUUUUAAGUCUAAAAGUGGUUUCCUGUUAUGUAGGUACCUUUUGAUUUUGUUUCGUGAUGCACCAGUAGAAGUUUGGGCUAUGACUAAGACACCAAUCAUGCUUAGAUCACUAGCUCUCCCGUUCACUGUGCUAGAAUGGACUCUUCCAACAGUACCACGGCCAGUGCCUAAAGAUCGUCCUGCCGUACCAUCAACAGAAACAUCCUCCCCAACAAAAGCAGCAGAUGCUAAAGGAGCUGGGACAGAUGGAUCUCAAGAUGAAUUUUCAGAAAGUUUCUCUUUUGCACUAGUCAAUGGUGCACUAGGGGUUUUCGAGGUUCAUGGUCGAAGGAUCCGUGACUUCAGACCAAAGUGGCCUUCAUCUUCAUUUGUUUCAUCUGAGGGAUUGGUGACAGCAAUGGCCUAUCGGCUGCCUCAUGUGGUUAUGGGAGACAGGUCUGGAAACAUACGUUGGUGGGAUGUUACUACUGGACAGUCGUCUUCAUUUAAUACCCAUAGGGAAGGGAUCCGCAGAAUCAAGUUCUCACCAGUUGUUCCUGGAGAUCGUAGCCGUGGGCGUAUUGCCAUUUUAUUUUAUGAUAACACAUUCUCGGUGUUUGAUCUGGACUCGCCCGAUCCAUUAGCCAAUUCACUUUUACAACCUCAAUUUCCUGGAACUCUUGUGUUGGAACUCGAUUGGUUGCCUUUGCGAUCAGAUAAGAAUGAUCCACUGGUGUUAUGUAUUGCUGGAGCUGAUAGCAGCUUUCGCCUUGUUGAAGUCAAUAUAAGUGACAAUAAAAUGGUCCAUGGUCCCCAAGCUCGACCACUCAAAGAGAGAUUUCGACCGGUGCCUUUGUGUUCUCCCAUAUUACUACCCACACCACAUGCCCUGGCAUUACGUACCAUCUUACAGUUAGGUGUGAAGCCGUCAUGGUUUAAUACAUGGAGUACAACGCCAGAUGAUGCUAACUACCAAGUUCCUGGAACUCCAACAGCUGGAGAUCUUCGUAAUCACAUGAUUGAAUCACCCCGUAUUGGUGACUCUGUAGUGCCUGAGAUGCUUCUCAAAGUACUGGAACCUUAUCGUAGAGAAGGGUGCAUACUUAAUGAUGAGACGGUUAGACUGUAUGCUGGGCUAGUGGAUAAAGGUUCUGCAGUAAGGUUUGCCUUUGCUGCUGCUAUAUUUGGUGAACCCAUGGAAGCUCUUUUCUGGCUGCAAUUACCGCGAGCUCUAAACUACUGGAUGAAUAGAUUGACUAACAAGUCUCCAACAAGAGUCCCUCAAUCAGCUUCAACUUCAGAACUUGAUGAAGUAUCUAUGUUAAAUAGGAUAUCAUCAAAGGGAAAGUCAGGGCCUGGAAAGGGAAAAAAUAAUGAUUUGGGCAAUGGUCAACUUCAACUGAUGGCCUUUGAACAACAAGAGUUGUGGGGGCGUGCUAAUGAGCAGAUUCCUUGGCAUGAAAAGCUGGAAGGAGAAGAGGCAAUUCAAAACCGUGUACACGAGUGAGUGUCCUCUAUAUAACUGGU